CUUGUACCGUAACCAUCGUCAAGUGUUCUUUUAUGGGUGGUUGUUAAAUGCACAUUCCUCUGAUUUGGUCAUGAUUUUAUUACCAUUCAUGGUUUUUCUCAAACAUAUUAUAUUUCUCCCAUCUGAAAAGGGUCUCUUCAUAUAUAUAUUUCAUUUUGGUCGUCGUGAUUAAAAAUUUCUUAAAGGUAAGAAGAGAUUUUGAAGAUUCACCUGAGAGAGGAUGAGGGGAGCUGUUCUAGUCGCCCUUGCUGCGGCGGUGGGGAAUAUGUUGCAAGGAUGGGACAAUUCUACCAUUGCAGGGUCCCUCCUUUACAUCAAGAGAGAAUUCAAUUUGCAGACACAGCCGGCCAUGGAAGGGCUAAUAGCCGCCAUGUCCUUGAUUGGAGCCACCAUUAUCACAACAAUUUCAGGGCCUGUAUCAGAUAUAGUGGGAAGGCGUCCAUUGAUGAUAGUAUCUGCAGUUUUGUAUUUCAUUAGCGGCCUAGUCAUGAUUUGGGCUCCUAAUGUAUAUAUUCUUCUUUUAGGAAGAUUAUUAGAUGGAUUUGGGGCUGGUCUUGCUGUAACUCUGGUUCCGGUCUAUAUUUCUGAAACAGCUCCGUCAGAAAUUAGGGGACAGUUGAAUACAUUUCCCCAGUUCUUGGGUUCUGCUGGAAUGUUUGUUUCCUACUGCUUGGUGUUUGGAUUGUCUUUGUCGGAUACUCCGAACUGGAGAUUCAUGCUUGGCCUUCUUUCAAUUCCUUCUCUUGCUUAUCUUGCAUUUACAAUUCUUUACUUGCCUGAAUCCCCACGCUGGCUCGUCAGUAAAGGAAGGAUGCACGAGGCUAAACAGAUUUUGCAGAGACUUCGCGCCAGGGAAGAUGUUUCAGGUGAGUUGGCAUUGCUAGUUGAAGGUCUCGGAGUUGGGCGAGAAGGAUGUAUAGAAGAGUACAUCAUUGGACCAGCAAAUGAUGGUGAAGCUGUAGAUAAAGGUCAAGUGAAAUUGUAUGGUACUGAGGAAGGAGUGUCGUGGAUGGCUAAACCUGUCACCGGACAGAGUUCUCUUGGGAUGGUAUCUCGUCAUGGAAGCAUGGCGAACCAAAGUGUACCUUUUAUGGAUCCUCUUGUUACUCUCUUUGGAAGUGUUCAUGAGAAUCUCUCUUCUCUGGGAAUGGGAAGCAUGCGGAGUAUGAUUCUUCCGAGCACAAGCAGCAUGUUGAACAUAAUUGGAAGAAAUGAACAUUGGGACGAUGAGAGCCUGAGGGAUAAUGAGGACUCUGCUGCUUUAGAAGCUGAUAAUGGUGAUUCUGAUGAUAAUCUGCAAACCCCUUUGAUGUCACGCCAAGAGUCCAGCGCAGAAAGGGAUCCAUCCCGUGCCACCAACAGCAGCACGUUAGGAUUUACUAGGAAUAGCAGCCUGUUCAGCGCAGGCGGUGAAGAAGGCAAUGUGGGUAUUGGCGGUGGUUGGCAACUUGCGUAUAAAUAUUCUGACAAAACAGGUAAAGAUGGCAAACAAGAAGGAGGGCUCCAAAGGAUAUAUCUGAAACACGAAGGCGUUGUCCCUUCUCGGGGAGGAUCAGUCCUUUCGAUUGCUGGUGCUGAUAUCCCUGAAGACAGUGAGUAUGUGCAAGCUUCUGCUCUAGUAAGCCAAGCUGCUGUUCGAUCUAGGGAACCAGCAGGGAUUCAAACAUCAGAUAAAGGGCCAAGCUAUGCUGAUCUUUUCGAACCUGGUGUCAAGCGUGCAUUGAUUGUUGGCGUAGGCCUUCAGUUGCUUCAACAGGUGUCAGGAAUAAAUGGAGUUCUGUACUACACUCCUCAAAUCUUGGAGCAAGCAGGUGUGGCGGUUCUUCUAUCAAAUAUGGGACUGAAAUCGGACUCUGCAUCUCUCUUCAUAAGUCUUCUCACAGCAUUCUCUAUGCUUCCUUGCAUAAUUGUUGCCAUGAGGCUGAUGGAUGUGGCAGGCAGAAGGUCAAUAAUGCUGUACACAAUUCCUGUAUUGAUAGUGUCACUCGUCGCUUUAGUGGUGAGCAACAUUGUCGAUGUUGGGGCAGUGUUACACGCAGUAAUCUCGACAGCAAGCGUGAUGGUGUAUAUAAGCUUUUUCGUGAUGGGAUUUGGGGCAAUUCCAAACAUAAUCUGUUCGGAAAUAUUCCCAACAAGGGUGCGCGGACUUUGCAUCACAAUCUGUGCUCUUACGUAUUGGCUUGGAGACAUAACAAUCACUUACUUACUGCCUGUGAUGCUCAACUCUAUCGGCCUUUCCGGAGUAUUCGCUAUCUUCGCCAUUUGGUGCGUUCUCUCGUGGAUAUUUGUUUUCUUGAAGGUUCCUGAGACAAAGGGCAUGCCUCUUGAAGUUAUUUCUGACUUCUUUGCUGCUGGCGCAUCUGCAAUUCCUAAUACUCACUGAUCAAUUUUGGUUUCAACUUUAGAUUUGUGGAAUUUACCAACAUUAUUUCCUGCUGGUUACCAACAUUAUGGUUUAAGGAAAUUGAAAUGGGAAUUAAGUCAUAAA